AAACCAAUUAUUUGAAACCCUGCGGUUUCGAUGCGUUGAAAAAAUGAAGCUCGGAAUCAUCUUGAAUAUGUUCGUGAAAAAAAGAAGACUAGGUAAAUGGGAUCGAUACGUUGUGUCUAGUAGGUGAAUAGAAUUGUAGCCAAAUAUACGAAUACGUGAGAAUACGGAUAUCAGAGAAUCGUAAGUAUCGUUACAUUGAUUUUAUCAUUCUCCGUAUUUCUGUGCCCGGAAAUUGGAAGUGCCUUGUACCAAAACACCGCAACGCGGAGAAUUACACGAAUCAGCCGCUGCGGAGAGAACUUGGCAAAAUUUUCAAGAGCUCGCUUUCAUUUCCUCACAAUUCGUCGUCAUCUCUGCGUGACUCGGGCCUUGGCUUUCAGAGUAAAGAAGAAGCAAUUAAUCGCGGUUAAUUACCUACGUGCGUGCGUAUUUGCAGGCACCUCAUCGUCGCGGUGUGACGCUACAAUUGUUUCGAACAACGUAAUGAUCGAUACGCGUGUCGCGAACUUGGACUCUGACAUCUAUUUCUCCUCAGCCUAUUCAAUUCGCGUCAACUUUCAUCGACGCGCGUACGUCCCGAGAUCGGCGUUCCUCCACCUUUUCAGCUAUCGUCGAAAUGUGUCUCUGCGGAUACCUUGUACGGUUUUUUUUUUUUUUUUUUUCUACGUUUUCAGCGCGAUGGCUUCUCAUUCCACCGGCGAGUAGAGAAAGACGACGUCGAUACGGAUUUAUGUAAACGGGUAUCCGUCGUACGAGCCGUUAAAAGUCGCGUAGCGGCGACCCGUAAAGUUCUUCCAAAGUCCCAUCCUCGGUGCGUCUGGGGGUUCUCUCCGUGGCUCGAGGGGUGUGCGUAAAGGGCGCGGGAAUCCUUCGAUACGUACGAAGUAAACCGAAGAAGGGGCUGAGAAAAGAGACGCGCAAACGCAGAGAGCGCGAUUUCGCGCGCACUGGAAAAUCUCGCGAGUUACCCGCGCGGAUUUGGUACAGCCUGGAUGUGGAUCGGUGUGUUUGGUCAGUGUUCCUCGAGCAGCCGUGGCAGGUGGAAUCCUUCGAUUACCUUCGCUGUGCGGGCGAUACCGAAGUACGUAACGGAGGUAGGAUCGCGUUCGCCGAUCGCCAUCGCGUGAUUUCAAUUAUCCCUACCGAUCGUGACCCAAAGUGGACGGAUAAUUUCAUCGCGAGUUGUAACCGUGGUGCGACAUCGAAAAACUGCGAUGCGGAGGUUGGUUUACGUUACGCAGUCGCCACAGGAUCGAGAGAAUUAGUAGAGAGAAAAAAAGAGGUAACCGGACCUGAAAAAGCAAACCGAAACCGAGCAAUUUCAGUUUUGUCGAACGUCGAUGAGGAAUUCGAUCGUUCGAUGACACACGACGGAAGGGAAUGGGUUGUUUUGUGAAUCGGUAGAUCAAUAAUAAUCGAUGACAACGGUUGGUCACGCUGGCGGGAAAUAAGCCUCAGGAUAAUGAUUAUACGUGGCCGCUAAAUUCGUCUUGGAAUCGGAAGACGAUAUCGCUGCUUAUGGCAACGUCGGCGCUGCCCAGAUACCACCAAACUCCGGGUGUUGAAACGAGGCGAUCAUCGUCCGGAGUACUUCCACCCAUAACUGCUUGCCCGCCGAGUAGUUUCCCGGACAAAUUUCAAGAUUUUUUCGCUGCUCUUACCGAGGACGCGGACGACAUGCCGAGCAUGCUCGAAGACAAGUUAAUCCCAAGAAAAGCGGACCCGGUUAACGCGGACAGUCGCACACGUCGUUGGAGCAAAAGAGCCUUCCAGCGACGUAGCAGUGAGGUUGAAGUACGAGCUCAUCACGCAUCUUUCACGGGAGGACAAGGUCAGGGUUCUUCUCUGGACGGUCGAAGGUCCCCAAACCCAUCGAGGAGACGAAGUUCCAGUAUCGCCGUCGCCAGGCCAACGCCGGACUUGCAUAGGUUCCUUCAGGCAGAAACUGGCCCUUGGGGACACUUGGCCCCGUCGCCCAGAAGUCCGACCAGAACUGCGGCGAUUAGUCCCGGGGGAAUAUCUUCCUCGUCGCAUCUCAUUGUCAGCCCCGGAACAAGCCCCGGAGGUCCGAGUCCAACGAGUCCUGCGGCACCAGCUUGCACAUCUCGUGGACCGCCGCAGAGACAAUACCGUUGCAGAACGAGCAGUAUGCCGGCCGUACCACGUCACAGGCCAAUGCUCGCAGAGACGAGACGUGGCGGUGCUAACGGAGGGGACGACGCUGACGGGGAGGAAGGCGUGGAAUAUUACAGAUUGCGUUCAUUCUCGAUAACGGCAAACGGGGUAUUCAAUCUCGGAGAUUCGCUGAGGAGUCGAAGGAGCAAAAGUAUCAACAGCGUAACAUCUUCGGGGACCAGUUGCAGCAGCACCCGUGAUGCGAGACUUUUGAGCUCCGCAUCUCAGCUGUCGGGAACAGAAGGCGAGGAAGAUGACAGCAACGGACGCGUUGCUACGUAUAAAGUUGGGAUGCUGGGCGCUGCUGGUGUCGGAAAGACUGCCUUGACUGCUCAGUUCACCACCAGCGAAUAUAUCUGCGCUUACGAUGCUUCUCUAGACGAGGAGUACGGGCAAAAGACCGUAUCGGUCAUGGUCGACGGGCAAGAGACGGAGUUGGAAAUCAUUGACCAUCCAGCCUCGGAAAUGUCGGUUGAAUCAUUCUGUUCUACCUACAAUCCGGAUGUCUACGUUGUGGUGUACUCCGUUGUCGAUAGAAGAAGCUUAAAAAUGGCCGAAGAAACUCUUCUGUAUCUUUGGAAAAGCGACUACAUGGCUUCGCACGGCGUUAUCCUCGUCGGGAAUAAGGUUGACCUGGAAAGGAAGAGAGAAGUCCCGUUAGUUGUCGGACGUCGUUUGGCGAACAGUUGCGGUUGCAAAUUUAUCGAAACCUCCUCCGGUUUGGCGCACCACGUCGACGAACUGUUGGUCGGAAUUUUGGCUCAAGUUAAACUCAACCCUCAAAGAGAUCGAGAUCAAGCCACGAGGAGAAGACGGAGUAAACAUCGCCGGCGAAUCCUCAAGAAUUUACUUGGAAUUAAGAGAAAGACCAAGAGUUGCGAAAAUUUGUUCAUCUUGUAGAUUGUAGAGUCGAUUUGUACCUCACACGAAAGUUUGUCGAUUACUGACAAAAAGAGAAAACGCGUAGAUGAAGAAAUCAAUGAAAGAAAAAACAAUAAAAAUGGAAUGAAUGAGCGUCGAGUUUGUGUAAAUACAAAAAAUUGUACUUGUAUUACGAAAACGUUGCCCUCUAAAAAUUGCAACAAAAUUUUCAUCCCUCAUUUAUACAUCGAACCACCUGUGAACUUUUACGAUUGACGGAGAACACCAUAUACGUGAUAACAAUAAUUUUGAUUGAAUUUAUUAACUCACUUGAAAAACAGGGAUAGUUUGUAAGAACUUGUAAUACAUGAUGAUUAUGCGCGUCUAAGAAUGAAUGAAAUCGUAUGGAUACACGUUUAUAAUCGAUUAUUCCCCAUUUCUAUAUUAAUUAACAUGUAGAUGCCAGUUACUGUCAUUACGAAUCAAUGGACAGAUAUAAUGAAUUCAUAUCGAAUGGGAAGGGUAAAUGUCAAAGUCAAAAAAUGAUCAGAUUUAUCUACUUAUUAUGUAUUCAAAAUCAAAAAAUCGACAUGUUACGUUUGAAUACGCAGUUUUCAAGAUAUUAUUUUACUACUAGGUGUAACAAAAAACGCCACAAGUGAAUGGCGGAUAUCUCUGUAAUAUCAAGUUUUUUUCUAUAAUCGGACCACUUUUUUAACAUAAUAUGAUAACUUAGGUGAAGUACUAGUUGUAGAUGUAAUUAAUUUUUAUAAAAUCUCUUCCAAUUCCAUGUACUCCGGGUAACUCUGGGACGCAACAAUAAGCAUACUUAUAUGUAUUAAUAUACGGCAUGUAGGCUAAAUGAAAAAGUACCAAAUUAACAUCAUUAUAAUAAUACACAUUUCAGCCAGAAUGGCUCUCAACUAUUAUUGUUUAUUUCAUUAUACGUGUAAGAAUUUAUUAAAUUACGCCUCGAAAUGAAGCCGAUUAAGAUAUCUUACUUUUUACGCUUUUCGAAGCGACCGAUUGACGAUAUCUCGAUCGUUUCAAUGCGUGAAUUAAUUAAGUUUGCAGACUCGAAUAUCGACACUUCGGGAUACGUGAGAAUACCCCGUAAAAGCCAAUUGAAAAAGAGAAUCGAUUAUUAACUAAAAUGAAGAAAAAUCCAAAAUUAGAACUUUGUGAUUUUGUAGAUUUGGGUCGACAAUCAAGUUUCCUUGAUAUCAGUUGUAUAUGACGCUUUUCCAACGUAUUUUGAUCUCAGAUACACGAAUUCGUUGAGUUAAUUAGAGCGAACGGAGACUUACCGAGAUUUUUCAAUUUUCUUCACAGGCCUUUCGGAAUAAUUGGUGUCUUGCAAAGUCGGUAUCCGCAUGGUGUAUGGACCAGCGCCAGAAUAAUGACAUCGCACCACACUGACGACCAUUUUCUUAGCUUCACGUCUACUAGUAUUUGAUGAACAAACUGAACAUCAUAUCUGUAGAAUGAAUAACUGACAACGUAAUGAUAAAAAUAAUUAGAACACAAUCCUAUAAUUUGGAUAGCUAUAUAUUUUGCGAGUUAUAUUCUGACAAUUUUGACAUGGCAAUAAUUCUUUGUAUGAAGAAAAGCUCGAAUAUUGUAUUUUUAAGUAUUCUACAUAAACAACUUAUUGAUACACAUUUUUGUUUCUUCAGAUAUUGUCCUCAACUCCAUCAUUCUAGAAUGGAGCCCCUCCAAAAAUCGCGGAAACUUUCUGAAAGGAUUCCCGCCAUCCCAGCGUGAUCCCGUGCAACUUCUCACCUCUGUGACGUUUUCUCCUAAUGCAAUAACGGUGCAAGAAAAAAUUGCAGAAAACUUCUAAAAAAAUGAAAAUAAAGAUCAUUGUAUUCUCAUGCCUUGUUAUCGUUUAGAUUACAAGUAAAAUAUCGAUAUUGGAGUAAAUAAAUAUUUUUUGAAUAAUA